CUGGAAAUGCUUCGUUCGAGCGCGUGUCGUCGUGCUUCCAGACUAUGCGUGCUCGAUCCGCUGGUUGCCACAUCUGCUCAAGAUCUAUGCUGCCUGCUGGAGAGCCCGUGCAGGCUGAGCAAGCAAACCCACUGUAUCUUCGAUGCCGAGUCCGUCGACGGGGCUCGGGAGUUCUUUCUUGCCAGUGAGAGUACAGCUAGCUGAUCAGAGAGGGGCGGGGCAGCGGUAGGAUGACCUAUGUCCUCGUCACUGUGGACAAGGCCGCGCAGCACGGACCGGCGCACGCGAGUGCCACCACCACGGACAGCGAGCAGCACGAGGCGCCCGACUUUGCCGCCCCAGGCGGCCACCUGGAGCUCGGCCUCGCGAGAGCCGUGCCGACCGUGCCCGAGGCCCAGCACCUGUGGGCGUGCCUCAGCGAGCUGGCAGCGGAACUCGCAGCUGCUCCGCGCGUACGCGCAGGUCAGUCCGCUGGUGCGGGGCCUGGCGCUGCUGGUGAAGCUCUGGCCCAAGGCCGCGGGCGUCUGCGGGGCGCAGAGCCGGAACCUGACCUCCUAUACGCGCUGGCGCUGAUGGCGACCUACUUCCUGCAGGUCCGCCACGACUUCGGGCUGCCCCUGCUCUCCACGCAGCUCUUCGACGGCUCCGGGCGCCUGCCGGCCGCUCCGCGCUGGGAGUGCCGGGGCCCCGCUGCCCGGGGCGCCUGCGGCAGUUUUGCCGCGUUCUACGCGCGGGAGCUCGAGUGGGGCAGGGAGGUCGUCUCGGUGCGGCUCGGCCGGCGGUGCAGGGCUGGCAGCCCAGAGUUCACCCUUGUUGCCGACUGCCGCGGAUCACCGCCUGCACGUUUUGAGGACCCCUUCCUCACGGGCAUGAGCCUGAGCCGCGUGCUGGGCCUCGAGCAGGAGGCCCAGCUGCAGGCGUCGCUGCGCGCCGCCAGGCCCCGCGCUGCGGGGGGGCGGCCUGCCACUGGGCUUGGGCGGCGUGGUGGAGGUGAGCGCUGGCGGAGUGCUUGCUGGCUGAGGUCGGGGCCUAAGAGACGGGGGUCAGUGCAGACGGGGGUCAGCCAGGGCGCCGGAUCCUGCAGGAUCCUGCGAAGGCCCCCUCUGGCUGACCCGGGUUAGCGAGCCGCUCGUGGCCGCGAGGCGGCCGCGCCUAUUGGCUGACCCGGUUUUGCGAAGACCUGCGUUGCAGUUUUUUUGUUCUUGGAUUGCAGUUUUUGAUUUCCUGCUGACCCGGGUCUGGCUUGGCCUGGGUCAGAAGAUCCCCGAUGAGGGAGGUGAUGAUUUCCGCGGGGCUCGUGCCGAAGGAGACCUGCAGGGCGGCCUUCCGGGCCGGGCCCGCUCCAGGCCCGGGGGGAGGAGGAGGACGCAGACGGACGUCUUCGAGGCAAAGCUUUCCCUCGGGGAUGGUCGUCGGCAUCGACUCCUCCUCCGUCGUCCGCUUGCGCUGCCACAACGCGACGGGCACCGCGCUCGGGUACAGUAGAGUACAGAAGCCAUGCGUCAACCCUUGGCACGGCGCUUGGGCAACACUGCCACCAUUGUGCCUGGUUUCCGGCGUGGCACGCGGGCAGAAGAGCGCGCCGUUGGUACCCCCUGCGAGCGUGAGAUGAACCGGAGCAGAGGGCAGGGACAGAGAUAGCUUGUUGCCUCAGGUUCAUUUCUCAAUAAUCUGUAGACGCACUGUGCCCACCGCGCUCGGGCACGCUUCGUAAUUGGCAACGCUGCAGCCUGGCCUGGUCGUGGCGAUGUACGGUCCCGCUUAUAUUAUUUAUGUCUGUAUGUUUCUUUCCCUCCUGAAAAUCAUGUGCGCAGUCUUUGCUCCCAGAGCUCCCGGCUCGUGGCCCUGGUCUUGCCGGGCUGCCGGCGCAG